AUGCCCCAGCUUUCCCAAGACAGCCCAGAGUGUCUCCAGACACAUUGCUCCAAGCCGUCUGUGUGGAAGCAAUUUCUGCCCCUGCCUCGGGCUGAGGGAUAUGAUGCAAACAUUCACCAAACCAUGGAAAAUGAAGGCGGCACCAAGGUUGUGCAUGAUCUCAAGGUUUCCUCCCUCCCUCCCGACAAUCGCUUCCCACAAGACUUCCACCGCCGAAAAAAAAACAUGCCGGGCCUGGCGACUGCGGAGCUGGGGAACCGCGCCAAACCCAAGAGGCCGCCCGCGGCCGCUCCCGCCGUCAGGACCCUGGAGAGCGGCCGCCGCGCCCUUGGGACCCGCGCCCCGCGCCCCGCACCCCGCGCCGCGCGCCUCUUCCUCUCCUGCGCCUCGCCGCCCUAUCACUUUUGUUCGCUGCUUCCCGCCUCGACCUUCAUUUUUCUUGGCAACCACCACUCUCGUUUUUCACAAACAGAUUGUCUUUUUGUUUUGUUUAAGGAGGCUCUCCCGGACUCGCCCGGGGCAGCCCCGAAGCUGCUCAGCCUCCUCUCUAGCACGCUCUCCGGCCUCGCGCAGUUCUUCUCUCACCUUCUCCGGAGACCCCCUCGUGAGGCUCCUCAGAGGCGCCCGGACUUCUCCCUCCUGCUUCCCGCCCUGCCAGUGACUGGGCUCUCGCAGAGGCAUGAGCAGCGGUCGGGCCGCCUCUCGCUCCUGCUCGGGGCAGCUCUGGCACUGCCUGGUCGACCCCCAAGGGGACGCCUGCCCAGGGAAGAGGACGCCAGCGCCGGGCAAAGCUCGCCCAUGCCGCCAAUGGGAUCUGAACGGAUGGAGAUGCGGAAGCGGCAGAUGUCUGCAGCCCAGGAGACACCGGGCUCCACCGUAGGCCAGCACGGAGUGGGGAACCGAGGGUCCAAUGCUUGCUGCUUCUGCUGGUGCUGCUGUUGUAGCUGUUCUUGUCUCACUGUUAGAAACCAAGAAGAACAGAGACCCAGGAGGGCUUCCCAUGAGCUCAGAAGAGAAGACCUUCCAACCUGUGAAGAAAGCCCAGCUCCCACUCUGGAAGAAGUCAGCGCCUGGGCUCAGUCGUUUGACAAGCUGAUGCUCACUCCCGCGGGAAGGAAUGCUUUCCGAGAAUUCCUCCGAACAGAAUUCAGCGAAGAAAAUAUGCUUUUCUGGAUGGCGUGUGAGGAACUGAAAAAAGAAGCUAAUAAAAACAUUAUUGAAGAGAAAGCAAGGAUAAUAUAUGAAGACUACGUUUCUAUUCUUUCUCCUAAAGAGGUCAGCUUAGACUCCCGAGUAAGAGAAGUCAUCAACAGGAACAUGGUGGAGCCAUCCCAACACAUAUUCGAUGAUGCCCAGCUUCAGAUUUACACCUUAAUGCACAGAGACUCAUAUCCCAGAUUCAUGAACUCUUCUCUCUAUAAAGAUUUGCUUCAGUCCCUAUCUGAGAAAUCAGUUGAAGCAUAGGAUGUUAUCAAGCAUAUUUAUUAUUAAUAAAUUAAUAAAAGAACUCGUGGACUACGUCCAGUACAGGGAAUUUAGAGGCAGUGGUAUCUUCUGAUGGAGUAAUACUGGGGCUAUUUUAAUAACAGAUGCUGCCUUCUACAGAAGGCUAUAUAUCCACAAUGUAAAUUGCAGCCACCUUUAGUGAUGCUUUAGAAAAAAUGGGGUAUGCCUGUUUUAGAAAGACAGUAUAUUUACAUUUACAAUAACAGUAGCAUGUUCCCAGUGGCAGAGGAUACACUAGAAGACUCCACACUGCCUGGAGCACGUCCAGCCAUGGGAGCAAACAGGACUGCUUUUGUUUUGCAUGAGUUCAGUACCUGAUUACUCUCCUCCCCCCAAAAAGACAUUCAGCAAGUGUUUCUCAGCUACUUCUUCCUUCCAUCAAGCUCAGUUUCGAAUAUUUCACUUCUGAGUGACAUUACAGGACCUAAAUUUCCUUUUUAUAAAGAUGUGACCACUACUUGUGAAAAUGCUGUUCCACUUUAUCUUGGAAUAUAGGUAUGUAGAUACACAUGCACAUAUAUGUAUCUACAC